UUGUUUUGCAGGGAAACAUUUGAUUGAAAAUGGUCCCAUUAUUUGUUGCAUUUUUGAUAGCCGCUGCCCAGGCAAGUGGAUAUGGCGGCUAUAACAGUGGCUAUGGCAGUGGAGGUGCAGGUGGCGUAGUUACGGUUGUUGGAGGGGGUGGUGGUGGUGGAGGACACGGAGGGGGAUAUGGAUCAGGCGGUUAUGGAAAUGGUGGCGGCUAUGGAUAUGGUGGCGGCUUUGGUAGCGGCGGCAAUGUCAUGGUUGUUAGUGGAGGACAUGGUGGUUAUGGAUCCAGUAGUAAUAUUGGUUAUGGUAAUCAAGGAUACGGAUCAAGCAGUGGAUAUGGAUCAGUAAGCACGUACCUUCCAGUCGGAUCAAAAGGUGGUAAUUUGAAUCUUGGAGGAGGAUAUGGAGGAGGAUACGGAGGAGGAUAUGGAGGAGGAUAUGGCAACGGAGGUGGAAAAGGUGGAGUUGUUGUCGUAAGUGGUGGAGGACACGGCGGCAAUGGUGGAUAUGGAGGUGGAUACGGAGGAGGAUAUGGCGGUGGAUCUGGAGGUGGAUACGGAGGAGGAUAUGGCGGAUAUGGUGGAUAUGGAAACGGAGGAGGAUAUGGUGGAUAUGGCAACAGUGUUGUUGUCAGUGGUGGUGGAGGUGGUGGACAUGGAGGAAAAGGUGGUUACAAGGCAUAUUAAACAGCUUCAGAAGCAGAGUACAUGCAUCAAACCGAUGAAGAUCUACACUCGCCCGCUCAUUUUGUACAUAUAUUUAAUUCGUUACUGUCGUAAUAAAAACAUGUUCUUUGUUA